UUGGGGAAAAAGUGGACAUUCCUCGGUCUCGGUUAUAAAGUCCCUCAAGGUUGCCCUUCUUUCUGGCCAUUAGAAUCCUGUCUACAACACACCCACACUACUUAGUCGACUAUCUUCAUCAUCUGUCUUACAAAAGGAUCUUGAGACAAAGCCUACACCUCCGCUUGUGCCUGGCCCGAGUUGCUCGCGAUGAAGCUCCCUCUGGUUCUUCUGUCUGCCUUCGCCGGCCUCGCGGCCGCUGCAGUUGUAGGUAACAGCCAAGAUAUAGGCCCUCCCUUCACCGAAGAGCCUAGCGGCGUGGAAAAGCGUGACGACACUAAGGGUCCUCCACUUCUGGAUUUCAAAAUCCAUAAGCCUGAGGGUCGUUUAUUCAGCCGAGUAUGUCGUCGACCAUGUGAAAUAGAUUCCCAUUGUUGUGGUUCGGAUACCUGCUCGAGUAAUAAAAGAUGUGAAGGGCUUUUUAAUGAAAAGUUCCCUAAAGGAUAUCCAUUAGGCCAAAAUAUAGAUUGGUCAAACAGUACACAAGUGGAUUACUGGUCAAAACUCUCAACGGAGCAAGAUAAAGCCCAUUGGUUAGAUAAUUCCUCUGCACCUCCGGAAAAACGUGACGACGUCAAGAAGCCUACACCUUCAGAGAAACCCUUAGCCUCUACGGCGGACUCAAGGAUUCAGUUUAUACCUACGCCAGAUGAUCUUCCGCCGGAUUUCAAGCCGCUUGUUAAGUGGAGCCCUGAUUGCAGGAAAGCUUGUGAAAAGGACGACGACUGCUGCAAGUCGGAUACGUGCUCUAAGGAUAGAAUGUGCGAAGGGCUUUUGAUGAAAAGCUCCCUUAGGGAUAUCCCUUCGUUCCCAUAGAUUAUAGUAAUGAUACAGUGGUGAAAUACUGGUCAAAGUGGUCAUGGGACGAAAAUAGGAUCGAAUUGGAAGCCUUUGACUCUAAGAAAACUAGUAGAUAGUGUGUGAGCCGGUCAUUGAUACCAGCAGCGGUUUAUGGGUGUCUUUGCUAUCGCCUGCUUUUUUUACUGGGACCUGGUACACGUUUCUAGUUUGCUUCGCCGGUGGUAGGAGUAUACGAGGGGAAACUCUUGUUAUGUGAUGGAACAAUCUCCCUAUCUGACAAUACAUUCCUUUCCCCAGCAUUACUAUAGAGACUAGUUCACGGUACACUAAGACUGGGAGCUUACCGGGGAAGC